AUGCAGAUCUUUGUCAAGACCGUCACGGGCAGGACGAUCACCGUCAAGGUCGAUCCGGGGGACUCCGUCUACGUUGUCAAGGCGAAGAUUCAGGAUCAGCAGCGCCUUAUGUUUGGCACGGAGGAGCUGGAGGAUGGGUUAACUCUGGCUCACUACGACAUUGAGGAUGAAUGCACCCUUCACUUAGUGUUUUUAUUAAACGGUGGAGCUAUGCAGAUCUUCAUCAAGACCCUCGGAGGCAAGACGAUCACCGUCAAGGUCGAUCCAGAGGACACCGUCUACGUUGUCAAGGCAAAGAUUUAGGAUCAGCAAUGCCUCUGAGGAUGAAUGCACCCUUCACUUCGAUUUGCGGCCCCAGAGAAGGAAGAUGCUAGUCCUAUUUAAAACGUUGACAACCAAGAUCUUCGCUCUUGAGGUCGAUAACUUGGAAAUAGUCGACAGUGUCAAGGCUAAGAUCCAAGUUGAGGAGGGCAUUCCUGUGGACCAGCAUAGGCUUAUCUUUGCUCGGAAACAGAUGGAAGACUUUCGCACCCUGGGGGAGUAUGGCAUCAAGCACCAGGACAUGAUUCACCUGGUGCUCCGCCUCCGUGCCUGACUAGCGAGUGCUACCAAGACUCUCCUCCCAGUAUGCUUCAGAUUCUUUCUGUUUGCAAAUUGUCCAGCCGUGCGGAAACCUGCGUAAGAGUGUGUGCUAGUAUGUCAGAAGUAUUUGCUACCUGCAGGCUACAAUCAGUAUGGUCGAAAUGUACGUCAUGUGCCUUUCUGUCUCGCCCUGUGGUGCCAGUGAAAACGCAGACGUGGCCAAAGAGCGCGGGUUAAUGUUGUUCGAAGUAUUUGCUACGAGCACUCUGUUAUCAAGAAUCAAAGCAUUUGCUACUGCA